AUGGUAAUCAAAACGGUAGCAACCCGACUGGCCCUCAUCGUGACUCGGAAUGGCAAACAGAUCGACGCCAAAGAUUACCAGCUUCUCCAUUCACAUGAGGGCACAGUGAUGAGAGCCAUCCUCGUUCUGGCUAUAGGGACGCUACUGUCUGCAGGUGACGGCGGCGGUUUCGUUUCUGCCAAUCCCUUAGCACAUCUGGGCUGCAAGUAUUACGACGACGCGCUGAUCUUCAACUGUGAUGGAUCUACGCUCGAUCGAGUGUUGGAAGCGGUGCGGCACCUAGAGAAGAAAUUUAGCCACGUUAGUUCGAUACCCGUGAGGCAUGUCAACUUGCUGCACGGCGAUUUCACAGAGCUCCCCUUCUUUCUGAGCAAGUUCAACGAGACGCUCGAAGGUAUCCGGAUAUACAACUCGAGCCUGACUCACAUCUACCCCGACGCCUUCUCGGGCCUCUCGAGAGUUCGUUUCCUCGACCUCAGUCGGAACAAUCUGACGGCGAUACCGUACUCCCUGAGCAAUCUGCAUGGACUUCAGUUUCUCAAUAUGUCUUCGAAUAGACUGCGGAGCCUCGAACCCCGAUCCCAGUUCUCUAGUUGGAAACGACUUCGAUUACUCGAUUUGUCCUCGAAUUACAUCGACAAUCUCGAGUUGCUCGACAUCCAGCCUUCGGCCGCUCAUCUGGAGCGGAUACUCCUCGACAACAACGACAUCGUCAACGUUCCCACCGAAUGGAAUUCUAUCGCCUUGCCUCAACUCAAGGAAAUCAGUCUGAACAACAACGCUCUGAAGACUUCGCCAAUUUUCCAAUCGAAAUUCGUCCCCCAGCUCCGUGUGAUGCGCCUCCGAAAGAACAAUAUCGAGAAGUUCCCCUUCUAUUUCAUGCCAUCCUCACCGGGGAGCAACCUGACGGUCGACAUGACGGGUAACCCUUUGCAUUGCGAUUGUUCGGCAAUGUGGCUUCGCGAAUGGAAACUGCAGAGCUCGAGGGUAGAUCAACAGAUCAAUUUACCUAUCUGCGCGCAUCCCGUCAACUUGAGGGGAGCACAUCUCGAACAGGUCGACCCCGUGCAAUUGGGAUGCGCUCGCCAGCGGAUCGCUGUGCGGUACCGAGUUGAAGGAUUCCCGAAACAUCAGAUACUCGCGCUCACGACGCUGGAGCACAGCAUUUCCGUUACUUGGAAGGUCGAAGAGAAAAAUCUCAAGUGGGCCGUCCUGUUCCGUCCGGAAACUUCAAGCCCGUACGCCAUGCGAGUACAUAAUCGCUCAGAAGGGACUCACUCCUCAGCAGAUGAUGCAAUUUUCACGGACAUCCUACAAGGCCUCGAGGGAGAUACUCCCUAUGUGGUUUGUGCCGGCGUCAAAGUGUCGUCCAACCAUUUCGAAAUGGAUCCUUUGCACUGCCAGUCGGUCAACACCAAAAGCUCCAGAGCAAAUUUUAUGCUAACAGGGAAAUUUGAGUUUCAGGCGUCGUCGCUGUUCAUGGCUCCAACUUUGGAAAGACGACCCGUCUCGCAGAGGGCUAAGACCGAGCUGUUAGCCAUGAAGGGAGCUCAACGAUCCAUUUGGGUGCGCUGGAGGCUGAGAAUCGCGAGGUCAGACGGAGGAAAACAACGCUCCAAACGAGACAUGACCGACGAAGAGGAGUUGACAGCCACUCGCGAGUGGAUAGUCCUCACCCGGAGGAUAGGUACGCAGAACUUCACUGAAGUUCGCGUCAGCGACACGUCGGUCCAGAGCAAGGAGAACAACGUCUACAACUACACGGUGACGAACUUGGCGCCGGAUACCGCCUACGACUGUUGUCUGAUGCCGAUGGACACGCUCAUGGAGGACACCAUGGCCGAUAAAAGCGUGCCUGGAGGUAUUCGAGAGAUCCCAUCGCAUUUGCGUUCCCUCGUGGAGCACAACUCGAUGAUGUGCAAGGAGAUCGUAACGUUGGCCGAUAUUCAGCAUUUGUCGUCAGCGACUUCCUUCGAGAAUCAAAUGGUCAUAUUCGUCAUCCUGAUAUCAGCUCUCUUGACAGCUGUCAUCGUCGCGGCGCUCUGCUGUUGCUUCCCAGCAACGAGACACUUCCUGACAAGCUGCUCCCACGGCUUGGCCCAGACGCCGCUGAAACCGGCUGUGAGCGAUAAAUUCGCCAUAGAUAAUCUGCGCAAAAACAACUCCAUAAAUUCGACGAAGAAUCUCGUGAAUUUCAUGGAAAGCGAAGCAAACAAUCGUCAUAACAAUUCAGCCAAUAGUUCUCAAGCGUCAGCGCCUUCGAACGUUGAGACAGUCCGGAAGAUUCCCAUGAAACCACCGAACAUACCUCUCCCGCCGAUUCCAACUGAAGCAAACAAUAAUCUCAGACCCCGCGCCGAGAACCAGGAGAAUAAAAUUGCAACCCUGGACGCAGGAAGACUGAAUCUGAUGUACUCGGAAUGGGAGGAUAUGCCCAAUGUCAUCACGAGACCCCGACGUGCCCGAUCCGAAGUCCGCGCUCCGACGGCCCGUCCUUUUACAAGUUUGGGAAAUAUUUGCGUUGCUUCGAAAGAGGAUCCUUUCAAAACCCUUCGUUCGCUCCCGCGACCGUUCAUGGGCAGUGACGGCGGGAGCUACAACGACACGACGUCGAGUGACGACGACAGAAAAGUGCUCAACGCUCCGCGAAAGAUUCAGAGAACGAAGACAACUAUCAACUGGACGAACCACGGCGACUUCGACUCUCAAGUGGCUUACCUAGACGGACGCAAAGUACAAGUUUUUGGACUCGGUUCCAAGACUCUACCCAAAUCUAUUCUGAGAAAAGGAGGACGACCUUUAACGGCGGCUUCUUCACCGACGUUGUCACGAGUUGCCGGAAGGAACGCUUCCAGGGCUCAGAGCCAUCAUUCCAGGUCCUUCAAGAAGCCUGCGCGUUCCCCACCUGUGAUUCGCAGGCCCUCGCAGAGCCAGCAGAGCAGCGCCUACCGGCUGAGCUUCUGCACGUUCGGCAAGGACGGGCUAGGGCACGAAAGCCCGUGCACCGAAUCGGUUGCGUCGAACAGCGACAACUGCUCAUCGACGAAACAACUCUGCACGCAUUCGUCUACGUCAUCGGAUUGCGACGUGUUCAUCGAGCACGUCUGA